UUACAUGUACUAAUUCAAAGAGGUCGAAUAUUCAAUUAUACCCAUUUGUUAACAAACCGGAAAUCGUUCAGCUUUUGCUGAAUGUAGUGAUUAAAUUAUUCCAAUGUGAUGACCUUGGUCUGGGUUUUUUCUUUGCUUUACCAAACCUUGUGAGAGUCGAGAACCUAAGUGCUUCGGAUUAAAUAUUAAUGUUCAUUGGCUGUUGAUUUUACGAUUUAACGUCUGUACACUAUUGAAAAAGCUUCGAUUUGAACUGCGCUAAUCCGAUUAUUAGCUUGAUCUAUCCAGGUCAAACUUUAAAGCUUUCAAAUGGACUAUCUGAGGGGAGCACCUGCUUUGUACAAUAGUGGAUCAAUGUCCUUGGACGUUAUUCUUAUGACUACAGUUUGGUUUCUCUGCGUUGUGUGAUAUUUGUGUCUCCCGGGGAAUUAUAUUUCAAUUAUUUGGUCGACGAUAUGAUGACAGUCUGUGGUGGAGCUUUAGACCUUUGACAAUAGAAGCAACACACGCAUCAUGAACACCUCUACAACGGAUGGGACGCAGUUCUUGGCAGAAGAAUCAAGACAAAGAAUUUCGGCCGAUCUGUUCAGCCGCCAUCUUAUUCCGUCCUUAGUUUACGUCGUAGUCCUAAUUCUUAUUGGAGUCCCCGGUAAUUGUCUUGUGUGUCACGUGUACACCAAAAAAUGGCGGCGGAGACGGAAACCGUCGACGCUGUUUGUGCUUGCUCUCUCGUGGUUCGACUUAUUAAAUAACGUUGUCUCUCUUCCCACCGAGCUUUUUCUGUUGACAAACUAUAUGUCUUUUGAUUACCCCGCCUUGUGCAAAAGUUCCAGGUUUGUGACGUUCUUCAUGAAUGCUGCCUCUUCCAUUGUUCUCAUAGGAAUAGCCAUUGACAGAUUCAUUGGAAUUUGGUGUACGUUCAAAACGAAGCCUUUCAGCGUUUCGCGAGCCAAAUUUGUGGUUGUGUUGUCCAUAAUCUUGGCUGCAUUGACAUGCUGGCCAAGUGUUCUGUUAUACGGAACUCAGACAAUUCAAAAUGGCCAGUUUUCCUUAAAGACCUGUCUCAUCGAUGAUGAUUUCCGCGAGGGCGAGAAUGCCAUCUAUCCGUUUUUAUACGGCAUGUAUCUCUUAUGUUCGAAUGUGAUAAUCGACAUAAUGUUUAUCGUGCUGUAUGCCAUGAUUGGUAUGAGGAUAUACCGCAGACGACAGUUCGGCAGUCUGAGUCCAAAACGUAGUUGGAGCACUGUGAUAACCUUCAAACGGAGGCCAAGUCUCUGUUCAUACUCUAGUACAACUAAUAUGGAGGAGGACAGCAUCCCGUUAAAUGCGGGGAAAGGCAGCAAAUUCUGUGCUAGGUUGGUGAGGCAGGAGAGUUUCUCGAGUGAAAAGUCGUACAAUACUCUGAAGAAUAACAAAUACAGUAUGAACAGAUCCGUGGACUCCUUGCCUGCUAAAGUCAAUGGAAUGAGACACGAAAAUUCUUGCCGAACAUUAUCCAAAAUUAACGAAGUACAGAACAGCUUGAUAAACUCCGAACACCGUAAGCGGUCUGCCAGCUUGCCAGAGUGUAACGUUCUUCACGUUGGGUUAGCCGACGCUAAAAAAUCCCCCAGAAACACGUUGUUGAAACCGAGGAGCGUUUCGCGCCAAGCGUCAUUCAUAUCCUCCCAGACCCUUCCGAGUGAGGUUUGUCGGUACGGACGUACGUAUCAUACCGGAAGAACAACAUUCAUGCUUUUCACUGUGACGUUGGCGUACGUGUUAACUUUUGUACCGUACUGUGUUAUUGUCAUAAUACGGUACACAGACAAGGAUUUUUACGACAAGCAGAGCGACUUGCAGAAAAAUUUAUACCAACUUUUUCUCCGGUCUUAUCUCUUAUCCAGUGCAAUUAAUCCGUUGAUAUACAGUUUUACUAGCCAAGCUUUCCGUAAAGAGUGUGCAGCUAUUUCGAAAAAGUUGUUUUGCAAGUUGAAAGCUAUGAAUGUAUGAGAAUUCUUUUUCAAUGCUAUGAAAGUCAAAUGUUUCAAUUUUGAAAUGCCAUUUCAUCCAUUCCUCCUAUUUAUGAAAUUAUAUGUUUAUUGUUUAUUUAUAUAUGUAGCUUGUUGCUUUUUAUAAAUGUCUAUGAAAGAUGUUAAUAUUGACCUGCGUUCGUAUGAUUUGUAAUAAAGUUUGUUGAGUUUCAAUAAUGUUGCUUCUGAAGAC